UGAGUAGUGGAGUGCCAUGUUGGGCAGCCAGGAUGAAUUGGCACCACUUCAGAGAAGGACGCAGCACAAGCUCUGCAUGGGGACCUUCCUGGCAGUCUGAACAUGUUUCUUCCUAGGCCAGGGUGAGCUGUAAGAGCACCCACAGAAUUAAGACAAGGCAACAGCUACCUGUUUUUGGUUGGAGAAGGGCCAGCUCGACUUUGAUGGCAACGUCUGAGAACUGAGGCAAGGGAAGGUGCGGAGGAGGAGGAGGCAUGGGAUGAUUCUUGCUAGGCUAUGGCCAAUUUCACAUCAUGGCUGAGCCAAUCUUCCUGGGAGCGGAGGCAGGCCUGGGCCAAGCAGAGCUGCACACGGCACAGUGUGGUUGUGGAAGAGGAGAUGCCCAACGCCUCACCGGCAGCACCUGAGUUGCAGCCAGCAUACCUGGAGCAGGGAUUCUUGCAAGGGAGCCCAUCCAAUGAGAUUGAGAGCUGGCUGGAGGAAUGCAGUUCUUCUGCAGAACCCUUUUCAGAGGGCAUCUCUGCUCCUACGGCCUGUGGAUCCUUCAGCAACGUAACCAGCUUUGACGAUGACCUUACCCUGGGGGCAGAAGCGACAUUGCUCCUGGACAAAGAGAGAGCUGAGCCCAGGUCCCCAAAAGGUAUAUCGUGCUCAUACCAGCAUCUCAACUUGGAUCACAGCCUGGCUUCCAGUGCCCUCUCAGGUAGCACGAACAAGACCAGCUCAAGUAUUUCAGAGGUGCUGGAGCGCUGUGAGGUUGAUGCAGAGACCAUCCUCUACAACCUGGGCUUCAUUCAAGAGGAAACCAAAGAGGCACCCUGGAUCCCAGCUCGGUUCUUCUCUCUUCCAUCCCAGGCCCGGGGCAUUGAUUACCAGCUCUUCCUGAGAUCCCAAGUAAAACGGCUGGAGAUGGAGGAUCCUUGCCUGAUGUUAGCAAGUCGGUUCAAGCAGGUCCAGACAAUGGCUGUAACAGCGGAUGCUUUGUUUUGCCUCUAUUCCUAUGUGUCAAAGACUCCUGUCCAGAAGAUUUCACCUGCCCACCUCUUCUGGGACUUCCCACACAUCCCGGAUUCCUGGAACAUCCCCUCUGAGCCAGAGGCAUUGUCGCCUCUCCAGCGCCUGCGAAAUGCCAUUUCCAGGAUGUGCUUGUACACCUCGCCCAGAGAAGAAGGGCUCCCAGUGGCUUCCGACAUGCAAUCUCCUAUGAGCCGCCUGGAACGGAUAGUAUGGGAAGUGAUGGGGAAAAUCCGCCAAGACAAAUUGCACCUGGAUGCAGAGAGUGUGCAGCAUAAUGCUCACACAGGGCCCCUUGGAGGGCUCUUCAGCCAGAGAAAAAUGGAAAGCACUUCUUCUGAGACCACCAUUCCAGAAACUGCUUCUGUGACUUCUCCCUGCUUCUGUUGUGAAGCCCCGUCUCAGCCGGGGGAGAGGACAGAACCAAUCUUGCCGGAACUGGAAUCGUGGCUGUCACGCUGCACAGAUGGUGUAAGCAUAGAGUGGCCAGGCCAUCUUGGCUACCCAGAACGAUACUGUUAUGGACAGUAUUCUGCACAGGAAGCUUCAUCUCCAGAUGAAAGCAGUGAAGAAUCAGAAGAAGACUGGCCAACAAGAAAAGGCUCCACUACUGGAGAGGAAGACCGUAUGGACACCUUGACAAAGCUGGUGUAGUGUGUUGGCUAGGAGUCUGAGCAGAUCAGAUGACACCUUGACCGUGAGCUUAGUAGGUGGCCUUAGGCAAGCCGCUAUGUCUCUCAGCCCCCACUUGCAUUAUGAGGAUAGACAAGAGUGUCUUGCUUUACCAGAUUGCUGGAAAGGUUGCUGGGAUAAUGUGUUAACUUGUGAAGCUCUCUGAAUAGUUUUAAAGUGCUAUUUAAAUAAUAUUAUUGGUAUUUGACACAACAACCUAGGGCUGGUGCACAUGAGUGGCAUAACUUUUGAAUGGUAGGGAACUUUCAUAAUGCCUCUUAUAUGAACAUAAAAAGCUGCUUUAUCCUGCAUUUGUUCAUUGAUCUAUUUAGCUCAGUUCUAUCUUCUAUUAUUGGAAAGCCCAGAUCUUCCCAUCAGGCCUGUUUCCUGAGAGCCUUUUAAUUGGCAAUGCCUGGGAUUGAACUAGCACAUGUUCUGCUCCUGAGCUAGGACCCUUCCAGUUUCUGAGCAAGAUCACUGAGGUUCCUGAUGGCUUUUUCCAGGAGCAAAGGCCGACAGCUUGUAACUAAGCAAUUCUGGAUUUCUGUAGAAGACAAAACCUCUAUUCAGACAUUAUGUUGAACAAGUGUACAGAUGUCUGUACACUCAAAUUUAUUUGUUUGAAUGACUGUCCCUGCGUUCAUUUAAAAAGUGUACCCAGAAUGUUGGGGGGCAAUAUGCUAAAUCAUUGGAAAACCGCUUAGAGAGCUUCCAGCUAUAGAGCGGUAUAUAAAUGUAAGUGCUAUUGCUAAGUGAACCUGGGUACAUGUUCCUCAAAUGCAUGGUGCAUUUAGGAACUUGUGAAUACCUAUGUACAGAUCUGUACCUGUGUAGCCUGUACACUUGUAUGAGUGUUCAACAUAUGGCUGAAUAGGGGUAUAGUUUCUAGCAUUUGGUCAUUUUGACUGCUAUUUUAUCUUGUCUAUUUGUUAUUUCAAUUCUGCUAUCACCUUAGGUGUUUUAGCAGAUUGUAUUGUGGUUGACUAUGUUUUAUUAUGGGUUUUGUAUUUUAUUGUGUUUUAUUGUAAGCCGCACUGAGCUACAGUGUGCUGGAGGGGCAGGAUAAAAGUAUUUUAAUCAUCAUCAAUAAUAAUAACAAUUUAGAAACAAAUGUAGAUUCUAUUUUUACAAUAUCUUCAUUUUGUAUAGUGCACGAAUAAGAGUGUUAAUAUGCUACACUACUUUACUUAUUAUUUAUAUAUUGCUUUUCAACAAAAAAAAAGUUAUCAAAGCAGUUUAUACGCAGAGAGAAUAAUAAGAUGGCUUCCUGAUUACAAAGUGCUCACAGCCUAAAAAGAAAAACAAAGUAGAUGCCAGCAACAGCCACUGGAUGGAGGCUCUUCUGGGGUUGCUCAGUUCUGUAAGGAGCCUGCACUGUAGAUAUUUUGCACAAUUUCUCUCUCUGUUUUGAUAAAAUCUUAUUAUUGGGGGGGGGGAGGAGUACACACAAAUCCAAUCCAAUCCAAAAUAAAAUAAUAAAAGCCAGUGUGGUGUAAUGGUUAGAGUGUUGGACUAGGACUGGGGAGACCUGAGUUCAAAUCUCCAUUCAAUCAUGAAACUCAGUGGGUGACCCUGGGCCAGUCACUUAUCUCUCAGCCUAACCUACCUCACAGGGUUGUUGUGAGGAUAAACAUAACCUUGGAGGAAGAAUGAGAUAUACAUGCAAAAAUGAAUAAAAUAAAAACAUCUGUGUAUCAUAA